AUGACCAAGAAUGAGUGCUUCAGUCCUGCAUUCUCUGAGGAAGCUUUGGUUCCCAAGGCUGAAGAGACUGGCUCGGUCGACCCUCCUCCUCCUCCUGCAGCUGGUGCCCCUCCUUCAAAGCGAGCCCGGAAAAGCAAAGGCGAGGUACUUUGCGUCCUGCGCGGUGAAUCCUCGAAGGAGCUGGACAAGCCAUUCGCUGAAGUGGACGCCAAUGGAGCGAUCUUGACGCCAGUAUGCUGGGAUUGUGGCGACUGCGCCUGCCAGUUGCGCCCAGGCAAGAGCUUGGCAGAGCUAGUAGACGCGUACCAAAAAGGAACGAAAUCCAGUGCAGACCCGCUGUUUCGGAUUGAUUUCGACAAGGGCAUUGAGAUAUAUCACGGAAAAGUCGCGGCAAACUUUUCUCCAGCUGCCAAUGUCGGCACAGAGACGAGCUACGGCCUGAGGAUCAUCCAGCCUUACGGAUUGCUGACCGAUUCUGAGUACACUGGACUCCUCGGGGGCUUGCCGACCGAUCUCGGCAAGAAGGACCAGCCAGUGCAGGUCAACCUGCCAUUCGUUUCGCCGGACCUUCGCACGAAGUACUGGCUUUUCGACCUGCAGGGCUUGGAGCCGUCCCAAGCCCAAAGUGUCAGGCGCGUUGAGCUCUUCUACCAGACCAACACUGCCUUGCAGGAAGUGAUUCUGGACAGUGCCAGGCAGCUUCAUGAGCGGCAGGGUAACAACUUGUUCUCCUACCUCACGGCCAGGAGCUUUGAGGGGCGAGGGAAAGGCCUGACCCCGGCUUCCAGCAAGCCGGACAACCUCCAGGCUUUGAAGACUAAGCACGCUCAAGCACAGAGGACUUGGGAAGCAGCUGUAGGAAAGCAGCAAGACGACUCGGACCACGGGAGCUCGGAGUCAGAAGAGGGUGCUGAUGAUGCAGCACCCGUGCCAGCUGCUGCAACGCGAAGUGUGGGCUUCGGUUUCACUGCCACUGCAGCCAAGAGCUCGGCAAAGAGACGAAGGACUGAUGUAGCAGCAGCUGUUGCAGCAUCUACGGCUCCGGCUACGGCUAAGGCAGCUGCCAAGGUCGCACCCGCACCUGGCACGAUGCAGCCUCCAAGAUCUGUGGCUAUGCAAUCUAUGGAUGGUGCGAAUGUGGACAUUCAGAGCGGCUCGAGUGUCAAGUUCGGCGGCAGCCAGUCGAAGGAGCAUGCUUCCGUCGUAGCUCGCUUGGAUCCGGAUCUGAAGCGCGUCGCAGAGAAGCAUCUCGAGUGCCAGGGCCAGGGUGGCCACAGUUCCACGAAUGUCGGCAUCAAGAGCUUGGAGCACUUGAUUCCAGAGUCGUUCUUGUUGUCAAACAGCAAACAGCUGCAGAACAACCUCAAUGGCGUGCCUCAGUUGCAUAGGAAAUUCCGAAUCCUGGAGCUGUGCAUAGCGGCAUAG